CAGGAAGAGAGGGAUGGAAGCGGUGUUCGGCGGAGUAGAGGGUGGUGGGACUCACUCCAAAGCAGUGUUGGUGGCAGCAGAUGGAAAGAUCCUGGCAGAGACAGAGGGAUCGUCCACCAACCACUGGUUGGUCGGCGUGGACAAAUGUGUGGAAGUCAUCAAUGACAUGGUCCAGAGAGCCAAGACGGAGGCAGGGCUGGAUCCAAGCACGCCACUAUGCUCACUGGGCAUGUCUCUGAGCGGAGGGGAGCAGAAGGACGCCAUCGACAAACUGAUCGAACAGAUGAAGGAACGGUUCCCCACUCUCAGCCGCCACUACAUCAUCACCACCGAUGCCAUCGGUGCCAUGGCGACCGCCAGCGAUUGUGGAGGGGUAGUGUUGAUAUCAGGGACCGGCUCUAACUGCAAGUUAGUCAACCCUGAUGGCUCACAGAUCGGCUGUGGAGGCUGGGGUCACAUGAUGGGCGAUGAGGGAUCAGCGUUCUGGAUCGCUCAUUUGGCGGUGAAGACGGUGUUUGAUGCCAAGGACAACCUGGUCGCUCCCCCUCACGACAUUACAUAUGUGAAAAAAGCCAUGGAGGAAUACUACCAGGUGUCAGAUCUGAUGGGCAUGCUGCCGCACCUCUACAGGAACUUCCAGAAGUCCCACUUUGCUGGUCUGUGCAGGAAGCUGGCUGAAGGUGCAGAAGCAGGGGAUGCUCUGUGCCAGUAUCUGUUCACUCAGGCUGGAAGAAUCCUGGCAAAACAUGUAGAAGCAGUCUUACCUGCUGCACCACAGCCUCUACUGAGUAGCGACCUGGGCCUGCCCAUCCUGUGCGUGGGCUCAGUGUGGAAGAGCUGGGAGCUGCUGAAACCAGGGUUCACUGAGGUCUUGGAUAAAGUGGCAACAUCUGACGAGUUCAAGGGUCGUUUCCAUGGCUACAGCCUCAUGACUUUGAAGCAGUCUUCAGCCCUCGGCAGCGCUAGACUCGGGGCUCAGGAUAUCGGUGGCACCAUAACUCUGGAUUACAAAGCCAACGCCGAAGUCUUCUACCGGCACACUUUUAACAGCAGCCAAUGAGAGUUCACCUGCACAUCCUGUGUAUCUUAACCAAACAGCUGAAGGGACCAUGUAUCGAUCUGUAUGUGCUGUAUUAGCACUUUUGCUGAGAACAUUUACUGUAAUGAUAACAAUGAUUAUGUAAUAAUGGUAUCACAUUUUGGUUUGUGGUGGUUUAAAAUAUCCCAAGUCUUGUUUUUUGCUGCUGCAUAGCAGCUAUUCUGACAGUGGAAUUGAUGAUAUUUUCACUUUACUGUUACUGCCAAUCUUUGCACCUUCAGAACACUUGUUUACAUUCGACAUGUAUAAUAAAAACUCUCAACUUCACAGAAAACACAUUCGGGCUUGUGAAUAAUCUCUGAUCCCCAAAAUAGGUCAAGCUCCGUUUAAGAUGUGAAAUCUGAAAACUGUCAAGUCUUCAGUAAGUUUCCAAGUUUUAAAGUUCCUAAAUACAAGUGUACGUUUUUAAAAUGCUCACAGUCAAUAUGGCACUCAGUUAAAAUAGCCAGAGAAAUGACUCCUUUAAUAAAAAUCAACACUU